AUGAUGGAAGAUGAGGCGCUCGAGAAGCUUUGCGAUGCCUUCCACCUUCGCAGGUUUGAGCCUGGUGAGAACAUCGUCACGCAGGGAGAACAAGGCUCCGAGUUCUUCUUGAUUUCCAUGGGAACUGUGCGAGUCUGGGUGAAGAAUGGCGAUGAUGAGCAAGAGUAUGUCAGGCUACACGCGGGGAACCUCUUCGGAGAACGCUCUCUUCUCAAGAACGAGCCGCGCGCGGCAUCCGUGACCUGCGUGACCGAGGUCGAAGUCCUCGUGCUCAGCCGGGGCAAGUUCGAGCGGCUGUUAGGUUCCAUGAACGACCUGCAACAGCAGCAGUAUCUCACAGAUCCUCGAAAACUCAUCGCCGACUUCUACCAGGCAGGCGACAGCCGCGGACCCAGAGGCUCGCUGGAAGCGCACAAGCUCGAGGGAACAGUCGGUGAACAAACCUCCUGGUUCGCGGUGUAUAGACCAACGAGCAAGGACGCCAUUGCAAAGAUGCUGUCCGGCUCGGCAGUCGGGAAGGGCUUGAACGUGAAAGGAAAGUCUGCAAAGAAAGGCGUUCUUUCUGGCUUUGUUCCUUUUGUGCAGAUUAGUGAGAACGAGCACAAACGGGUCAUUGAGGAGUCACCAGCAGAUUCGCGGGUGGUCGUGUACUACAAGUCCAAGGCUGCCAGAGAGGAGGCACGCAAGGUGCUGCAAGCCGUCCUUGCAGAGACUGCGUCGUCGAUAAAAAUCGAUGACCGGUCUCUCAAAGACGAGGACUCGUAUAAACCUGAUGUGUGGGGCAUCGACAUGCCGGAGCCCCUCAUGCGGGAGGCCUAUAUCAUGCAGAGAGACAUCUCUCCGGUUAUGGGCUGGGAAACUGGUCGCAGAUCUGAGCCGGCCUUCAUGGACAUGAAUUUGCAUGCGAUCAGAGGGAAGUCUGAUCCGCAGGUCGUUCUGUACCAGAACGAUGAGAGUGAAGUCAUGAAUCCGCGCGGCCUGUUGAUCGCAUACGCAGAAGCAUUUGUCAAGCCGGUCGUGUCAGAUUUUGACACCUUUACGGUUGGCUCCAUGAACAUGGUCUACGAGUCCUUGCCGGCAGAACAGGCUGAGCUGAUCAAGUGGCUCUUGACACACACAGAGGACAUUCUCGGAUCUCUGGACCACCAAUCCUGGAACUCGCGUUGGCUGGAAGUCCUGGCCAAAGAAAAUGAGCGAGGAUUCCACCCAGUGAUCCCAAAGUUCGGCUUCGGCGACCCAACAUCGUAUCGCUUGAUUCAAGACGUCAUUGCAGAGACUGCACCUUGUGGCGCUGUGCGCCACGGUGCUGAGUGCUGCAAUCUGUACUUUCCCCAGGAGCUGGACGAUGAAUACCUCAUUGUCUGGCAGGGCUUCGAGGGCAAACCCUGGGACUACACCACCGAGGCUGGUCUUCGAGACUUCCUCCUGAAGAGGGUUCACGAAGGCUACACCUUUCCUCUGAAUCCGGUCUGGCCUGUAAGGGACAAGGGAUGGUGGGAGAUCCUGGAGGCUAUGCUACAGCAGCCAACUGCAAAGAAAUGCUUGGAGUCAUGGAUCCCUCCGGAAAUCAAAUAUUUCGAAGCGGCAGAAGAGCUGCACAACAAAUUCAAGGAUGGCUUCAUGAUUGUCCAGAAAUAG